UGCGCGUACUCCGAAGCGUGCGGUCGCUGGAUUGGGACACAGCCUACGUCCCUCGUUUUAUAUCUAGUGAGCCUUAUGGCUUUUGGCCCCCUUUACUGGAAACCACGUCAGUUGACUUCCUGAAAUCUAGGCGUCUGUUUCACUUCGGUAUUCCUUUACUUUAAGCUCUUUCGGCAGAGGACCGAGCAUUUUAAUGGUUUAUUUUUUUUGGACUGGUUGUCGAAGACAUGAAGAGGAGCACUAUGGAUGAAAGCAGCAUCUCCGACCCGGACCAAAGUCCGCCCAAGAAGUCUUCAGCAGCUGCAACAGCGUCAGCCUCAUCUCUCAAUGCAGAUGUCCUGGAGGAGAUCUUCCUAAAUGUUUCUGCCUGUCAGGUGGUUUGUGUUUGUCAAUUAAUAUGCCAUCAGUGGAAGGAAGUGAUUGACAGCGAAUCUUUGUGGAGAAAAAGGUGCAGAAGAGAAGGGUAUCCCAUCUGUAGUUUUUCAAAAAAACAGGACUGGAAGUUGUUUUAUUUCUUGUCCAAACAGAAAAGAAAUCUCCUCAAGAAUCCAAAUGGAGAAGAAGGGCUGAAUGGCUGGAAGAUUUUGAGAAAUGGUGGUGAUCAGUGGGUUGCUGGGGGAAUUAGGAGACCACAUCCAGAUGAAGCAGUCAAAACAAACUUUGCAACCUCUUUUGAAAUGUGCACAAAGUCACAGCUGAUUGAGUUGGAGAAGGAGGGUUACAGUCCAUCUCUUAUGGAUUACGCCCAACCAGACAUCAAGAUAUCUGAUUGGUUUCUUGCACGUUCGGACUGUGGCAGCAGAUAUGAUAUCUGGGUAGAGCUGCUAAAUGAAAAGAAGGAGCUUGUUCAGAUCUUUUCACCUGAGACUGUUUACUGUAGAGAAGGAUGUGAAGAAUGGAACCAGAUUACCCAUGUAUUCCAUAAAUAUGGCCCUGGAGUGAGAUACAUUCGAUUUACCCAUGGAGGGAAGGAUUUCAAGUGGUGGAAAGGACAUUUUGGAAUUCAUAUUACUGGCAGCAGUGUUGAAGUACUUCCAACACUGGAGGCAUAGACUGUUGGGAUGUCCCACGUCAGGUGGGAAAUUUUGAUUGGCUUUACGUUGCAGAAAUUCACAAGAAUCUCCAACAUAUACAAUGUAUAUCAAUUGCUAGUUUUGAGUAUUACUGAAUACAACUCUAUCCAUCUUUUUUGAAAUAUUUUCAAAAUAAAAAGGAUGAUUAAACAGACUAGGCAUUAUUGUGUCACUGAGAAGUCACAGAUCCAACACAACCUUGUGAUAUGUAGUUUUCAAAAAGCUAAGAUGCUGAUUGAGUGGGAUGGGACACUUGGCACCCUAGCUGAUAUACAAAUUUAACUGAUCCUCUAAACCCAUAGACGUACAGAUGAAAAUGAAAAUUUCAUCUUUGCAUGAUUUUAUGCAAUACAGACAUGUGAAAUGUUGUAUAAUAACCCAGAAUAUUGAAUCUGUUCAUCUGGACGUUGCGAUUUUCAGUGGGAGAGAAAUCACUCAUUCAAGUGACUUCUCUCCCAGUGAAGUGAAAUCCUGGAAUUUCCUUACCUGGAUAUUUGAGCAUGCAUCAAGACUUG